AUGAUGGCACGAUUUAUCGCCAGAUCAAUAUUCGAGGUCCCGUCGUCAGUUCCCAAAACGUACUUCCUAGGCCAUCACCAAGCUGGUGCUAGCAAGAUCAAAACCAUUAUCCCAAAUGUUUCCAUCGUUUUGGAAUGCAGAGAUUUCCGGCUUCCGCUGUCUACACAAAAUCCGACAUUAGAGCAAGCAAUAGGCGGGAGAGAAAAGCUAAUUGUCUACACGAAGUGCGAUCUUGGCACCGACUCGACAUCAGCAAGGACAGCUCUGAGGCGCAUAUACGGCGACAGAGUCCUGUUCUGGGACAAAAAUAAACUAUCGUCGACCCAACAGCUGCUUAAGGUCCUGAAGCAAACAGCUAGGUCGGUUGACUCACUUGUUGGCCUAAGGGCACUGGUUGUGGGAAUGCCCAAUGUUGGUAAAAGCACCUUGCUCAACUCACUCCGGAAUGCUGGCAUUACUGGGAAAACCGCAAAAGCUGCUAAAACUGGUGAUCAAGCUGGAGUAACCCGAAAAGUUGGAACGGCUGUGCGAGUCGUUCCUUCCGAAGAGAAUGGCGGUGUUGGUGGCGGUGUCUUUGUUUUGGACACACCUGGCAUUUUUCAACCCUACGUUGAAGACGGCGAAACCAUGAUAAAGGUGGCGCUAGCGCAUGGCAUAAAAAAAGGACUGAUUCACGAUGAGAUCUUGGCGGACUAUCUGCUUUUUCGCAUGAACUCAUGGAACCCGGCGCUAUACGCCCGCUAUUGCGAACCGACAAACGACAUCACUGAGUUUUUGACUGCUGUAGCGAUACGUGAAGGAAAACUCAAAAUAGGGGGGGUACCGAAUCAUCAAGAAGCUGCCGCGAAGCUGCUGUCUCAGUGGCGUGAGGGAAAACUAGGGAAAUACGUCUUAGACGACUUGUCCGAACAGUCUAUUCUGGCUCAUCAGGCACUGCUCCUUAGACCACAACAAAGCAUGCACCAGGCGAAAAAGCUGCGUCGAGAGGAGAAAGCUGCCUCUUCAGCAAAUGUCGGAUAA